UUAUUUUGAAAGUGCUGAGCGGAAGAUGUUGUCGUCACGUCUGGACUGUAACUGCAUCAAACUGCUCUGCGCUGAGUUUGACAAGAAGAAGAACAACAGAGAAAACGUUGUUACUAAAAAAAUUAAGACACAAAAACGAGGAAUAAAGACAAUAAAGAGAGAGAAUUGCUCUAAACGCUACGUUUCCUCAGAAGCUCUCCGCCUUCACUCAACGGGCUGCUGCUUCCUGUCACCAUCUGUCGUUUUUACCGAACAGGCGAACAGUAAAAUGGGGCGAAUCUUCCUGGAUCAUGUCGGUGGAACUCGCCUCUUCUCCUGCGCCAACUGUGACACCAUCCUGACCAACCGGGCGGAGCUCAUCUCCACGCGCUUCACCGGAGCCACCGGCCGAGCUUUCCUGUUCAACAAGGUUGUGAAUCUGCAGCACAGCGAGGUCCAGGACAGGGUCAUGCUGACGGGGAGACACAUGGUGCGGGACGUCAGCUGCAAGAACUGCAACAGCAAGCUGGGCUGGAUGUACGAGUUCGCCACCGAGGAAAGCCAGCGCUACAAGGAGGGCCGCGUCAUCCUGGAGAGGGCGCUGGUGAGGGAGAGCGAGGGCAUUGAGCGCGUUCCCUCCGACAACUCCUGAGUUCACUCCUGCGGUUAUUGUUUUUCGAUUGCCCAAUCCACGCUGCGGUGCACGACACGUACGUGUAUAGGGCAGUUUGCCAUUUGUGAGUAGAGCUACACCAAAGUAACAUCACAGGCUGGAAGUUUGUGGGGAAGUAAUUCGCUUCUCUACCCAUUUAAAACCACCUGCAUUUUCAAUAUGUGUUCAACAGGCUGUGCUGUUCGUAAAAUGUGUUGGUGUGGAGGGAUUGUGGCUGCUGUCAGAGGGGAAAGGGUUUUCUCCUGCGGCCCCACGAGAAGCCAGUUUAACCAAUAAGCAGUGAAUGUUGUUGCUAAGGAAAAGCAAAGAAAUCUGUUUUUCUUAAAGAUUGAGUCUCUAAGAAGUGUACUGAAACACAUUCCUUCCCUGGAAAUCGUUCAAUGUGAUAUACCAGAAAUUCUUUAUUUCAAAUAUGUAUUUAGGCUACUUACCUUUUGUCCCUCAGAAUAAAAGAACAUUUGAAUGUUAACAUCAUCAUAAUAUUGUUGUUAUUAUCAUCAAAGAACCAGAUAUCAGCUUUGAAUUAUUAAGAUAUUGUAUAUCCCUACUUUAUUUUACACCUCAUGAUAAAUGAUAAGAACGGUGAUAAGGUUUCACAGUGAGGGGGGAGAAUGGACACUGGAUUUAUUUGGCAAUUUCCAAAUAGUUGGGAUGGAAAAUUUGAUAAUCCAAAAUAAAUAAAUUCAAACAUUCA